AGAAGUCUCUUGAGUUUUCAGAUAGCUGGAUGGGGAGCAACAGUUCAGCUCUCUGUCUGCUUUGAUUAUACCCCACUUCCAGAUAUCUCCAGGUUGACUUACUACACUGAGCCACUCUAGGACACUAACUUCUACCACACCUAGAUUCCCACAGAAGGACGCUCCACUGAACAAAAUGUCAGCUUUCAGCAUACGAAAACAGUCUCCUAACAAAAGUGAUAAUAAAAGCCCCUCGGUUGCAAUUAAAAGCAAACAGGCUAGUCAUGAUAUUAACAAACGACGGACCCUUUUGCAAGAUAACAGCUGGAUAAAGAAGAGGCCUGAAGAGGAAAGUGCCGAUGAAAACUAUGGAAGGGCUGUGCUUAAUCAAUACAAAUCACAAGAUAGCCUACACAGCACUGGCACAAAUGAAAAGGAAGAUCAGAAAGCUGUACUUGGACGAUACAGAUCUGAUACUGCCUUGGACAGAAUUCCAGCCAAAAGUGAUAUUGACAAAAUAAACAACUCCCCAACUCUGAAUAAUAAACAAAACAACAGACAAUCUUGGACUCCUAAUGCAGCAUCCACAAACACUUCUGCGACUUCUCCAAUCAAGAAAAAAAGGCAAUCUUGGAUGCCUCCCCCAGUUUCAAGUAGUAAGACCACAGCAGAAACAGUGGAAACCAAAUGGACCACUUCAGAAAAUUCAGAGGCUCCAAAGAAGGCUGCCUUUUCAUCAGAACAGGUCACCCCUCCGAAAUCAAAGACAGAUGUGGAUGAUCAAGUCACAGCAAGCAAUCAAGAUCUUGAUAACCUCACCAAAGUGGAUCCAAGUUCUUACACAAGUGACAAGGAAGGAAAAGACUCUGAGGAUUUUAUUGGGAUAAACACUGUUGGUCAGAAAAAUAAAAGAGAUGAGGACUCUGGUAAUCGCACUGAAGUAAAAUCUGCUGAUGACCAAAGUAAAAAGCGGAUAACUGAGCAAAUACAUGAAAAUCCUCCAAGGACUCCAAAUAAUCUCCCAGAAACAAACUACUCCAGUGAUAGUGAAAGAAAGACCAGCAAAUCAUCAUAUGGUGCCUAUGAAGAAAAUAUAACUGGAAAUACUAUCAAAACUGUUUACUCUACUUCUGAUAGGAGUAUAAUUGGAAAAGAUAUAUGUACAUACUGCAGGAAGCCCUUGGGCAUAGAUGCCAAAAUGAUCUUAGAUGCCUUGCAAAUUUGUUGUCAUUCGACUUGCUUCAAGUGUGAAGUAUGUAAAAGACCACUAGAAGACCUGAAAGCAGGAGACAGCAUCUGGAUUUACCGAAAAACUGUGCAUUGUGAGCCUUGCUAUUCCAAAGUGAAAGAAAAAUGGAUCUACUAAUUUUGACAUAAAGAAAGCAUGAUAAAGAAGUUCCACUACUUUUUGGCUAAGUGUAUUGGCCUAUUAAUUCAAACUACUACAGAAAAUGAUUCAUUUUUAUUGCUAGGUACAAAUACUCUAAAUGCAGUCCUACUGCAUGAUUCCCAAAGGAAUUAAUUUCAUGAGAACUUAGAUGCCUCUUCAUACACACAUUCCAGGAAUAAAAACAAGAUAAUGUUUGGUAUAUUCAUCAAAUCUGUGAAACUGAUGAGCAGCAUGUAAAACUAACGGUAAUUUAUUGAAAUGUUUUGAACAGCAGGACAUACCCACACAAGUAUUCUGUAUUCUCUUUACUGAAAAUCCAACUCCUCGGAUGUAAAGAUCUGUUAUCUUUUUAUGGAAUGAUUGGGAUUAAUCUCAUCAAAAAUUAGACAUUUAAGUCAGCUGUUCAAUUUAAACUGUUUCCAUACAGAGUGAGGUGCGUUUGCUGUGUACCUUUGAGGAGAGACAUCAAUCUCCAUACAAAGAUUCUUCCCAAGUAACUUAAACAGUAACAUUAGGAUGGAACAAACCAUCUUUGGAAAAUCCAUCCCAAUUACUGCAGAGGGAUUCUAGACAAAAAUUGUUAGAGUGUUUUGAUUAGAAGUACCUCACUCCAUGUUUGUAAUUCUGGUAACUGCUGUAUUACCAUUUUGCAGGGGGGAAGUGCACACCUAAGAGUUGCCUUCAGAUGAUGAAAUACAUACUUUGCAUGACAUUAUGUUGUUGUAUUUAUCUUUCCUACUUUAUUAAGAUGACUAUCUGGACACCUUGGAGAGAUUCAUCUCGCCUAAAUAUCAAAAUCUACAGUGUAGAUAUCUACUAAGUUACUUCAUCUGUUCUGUCUUUAUAGUCAUAUAGAGUAGACUUUUUUAGAAAGUGAUUCAACUGGUCAGAUUGCAAACAUCUAUUUUAUCAUGAUGUCAACUAUGGUUUAACUUUCCAUGGAUUGCAAAGGAACCUGGAGUGAAUAGUUCAGAUUUCUAGACAUCUACAUUAGGUCAGAUAAACUCCUUCCUUUGAGAACACAGUGAAAACAUUUUUUCCGCCCUUCCAGACAGCGAACGUGUAUUAAAGUAUAGAAACUGAAAGAAGAGUUCAUGCUUUGUUAUAAUAUGUUUCCACAACACUGACUAGUUACCUGUCUUAUUUGCCUAAAAUAAGAAAUAGUUCAGUAGCUUACUGGAUGAACAAAAAUGUUCACUACCAAUCUCUGCCCUGAGAUAUUUUAGAUCAUGGUUAUUCAGAACUGAUUUUUCUCCCUUACAUCUCAGCUUAAAAGGACUUCUUGGAUACAAACAUGAGAUUUAGAGUGCUCUGAGCCUGUUGGACCUGAGCAAGACUUUAGAAGGGUGAAAACUGCCAAAGCCAUAGAUUAAGAUUAGAAUGCUGAAUGGCUGUCCUAGCCAAACUCUCUCCUUGUCUGCGCAUUCAGUAGUGAAGACAGGAGGUAUGGAUGUAUGUGCAAUUUAAACCAUCAGGCUUGCAGCUGAAUAAUGAUGUAAUCUGUCUUGCCUGGCUUAAAGGAUGUUCAGAUUGAUAUGCAAAGGAGAUUUGAAACAGUAGACAGUUUGUUUUGUUAAUUUUAUGAAAAUUUCCUAUGAAUUAAUGGCAGUAGCUUUAAUAAACUUAUUAAAAACA